CCAAUUCGGGCAAGGUGCGGUACACGCUGGGACAAGACAGACAAAAAUCUCCAAAUCCCCCCGAUGCGACAAGCCUCGAGCCCCUGAUCUAUGUCGCCGCCGUCCCGGCGACCGCCCCGCCGCAGCAGCUCUCCCGUCAUCCGCCUCCCCUCUCCGCCAAGGCCUUUGGCUGCCGGAGAUGAGCCAGCCGAGGCGCCGCGGCUACCCGCACCACCACCUGCACGCGCAGCAGGUGUGCCCUCGCCGCGUCGCCCUGCCGGCGGUGGCGGCGCUCCUCCUGCUCUUCCUCGCCGUAUCGCUUCUCUCCAUCGCCAUCUCCGCGCCGCCGCUCACGGACCGUCCCGGCCUUGGUCUCGGCGCCUCCUCCCGCCGAUCCCUUCGCCGCAGCUCCCGCCACCCCCCGACAAGUGUACAGUCUGCACGAGAUGAUCUGUGGGGUUCAGAGUUCGCUUGCAACUUUUAUGGAUGCAGUAACUCUAGCAGCAAAUUCCCUGAUUCCAGUGUUACCACACAACCAGAUCGAUAUUUGAUUAUUGUUACAAGUGGAGGUCUCAAUCAGCAGAGAACAGGGAUUGUUGAUGCUGUAGUGGCUGCACGUAUUUUAAACGCCACACUUGUUGUUCCAAUAUUGGAUCAUACAUCUUUCUGGAAAGAUUCGAGCAAUUUUUCUGAAAUCUUUGACAUCGACUGGUUCAUUUCAUUUCUUGCGAAGGAUGUCAAAAUUAUUAAAGAACCUCCAGAAAAAGGAGGUAAAGCUUUGCGGCCUUAUAAAAUGCGUGUUCCUCGAAAAUGUACUCCACAAUGCUACUUGAAGCGUGUCUUGCCUGCACUUCUAAAGAAACAUGUUAUUCGAAUGACUAAAUAUGACUAUAGGCUCUCAAAUAAGUUGGACACUGACCUGCAAAAACUACGUUGCAGAGUAAAUUACCAUGCUUUGAGAUUUACUGAUCCAAUACAGGAAUUGGGUAAAAAGCUAAUUCAACGAAUGCGACAGAAGAGCAAAUAUUUUAUUGCUCUUCACCUGAGAUUUGAACGUGAUAUGCUUGCCUUUUCUGGGUGUUACUAUGGUGGUGGAGAAAAGGAGAGGACAGAACUAGGUGCCAUUCGCAAGCGAUGGAAAACCUUGCAUACAAGUAACCCAGAUAAAGGAAGAAGGCAAGGUAGGUGCCCACUAACUCCUGAGGAGGUAGGGCUGAUGUUGAGGGGAUUAGGCUAUAGAAGUGAUGUCCAUAUCUAUGCUGCUUCUGGUGAGAUAUAUGGAGGGGAGGAUACUUUAGCACCCCUCAAAGUGCUCUUCCCAAAUUUCCACACGAAAGAAUCAUUGUCAAGCAACGACGAGUUGACUCCGUUCUUGACACACUCAUCUCGCAUGGCUGCAAUUGAUUUCAUUGUCUGUGAUGGAAGUGAUGCUUUUGUGACAAACAACAACGGUAACAUGGCCAAAAUACUUGCUGGGCGAAGGAGAUAUUUUGGCCACAAGAGAACAAUCCGGCCAAAUGCUAAACAGCUCUAUCCCUUAUUUAUGAACAGGGAGAAUAUGUCAUGGGACGCUUUCUCCUCGCAGAUGCGAACAAUCCAGAAUGGAUUUAUGGGAGAUCCCAUGGAAGUCAUGCCGGGAAGAGGCGAAUUUCAUGCCAACCCUACCGCAUGUAUAUGUGAAAAGACCAGCCAAAGUCCAGUAGUCAAAUCGGGUUCUGGUAGUAACCAGGGAAGUACUAAUAGCACUGGACUAAGGAAGGCCAUUGGUGAACCAACAUAUCCUAUUUAUACCGAUGAAGAGGUGGACGGAUCUGACACUGAAGAUGACUCCUCUGGGAACGGGGAGAUGUUUGACACAGAGGCUGACGAUGAUUCAUUGGUCAGACAGGAGGAUUAUGAGCUGGAGGAGAUCCUUUCAGAUUAGUUGAGUGAUUGUGCAGCUGGAAGAAAUUAGUUAAGUUAAGCAGAUCUGACUUUGCAUACAGGUGUUGUAUGUGGUAGCAAUUGAUGGAUUUUUGACCCUUCCCCAGAUUAUAGCGAGGUCUGCACCCUCUGGUGUACAUAGACUAUGCGGUGGAGCUGUACAUCCUCUUCUCUCCCCACUAGCUCAACAAGGGUGGUCUCAUUUUGACAUUUUGGGCGUUUCCAGGUGUUGGUGGCGGCAAGUAGUUCUCCUGCAGCUUGUAAAAGUAUGCAGCCUGUGUUCUUGGAAUGUGUUAGUCCUGCUUCAUUAUCUCUUUCUUCUUGUGGCCAACUUUUUUAGGGCCAAUCUUUAACCCUUGUUGUGUGUGUGUGUGUGUUUAAUUUAAAGUAUGGCACAGUUAAUGGUAAGAUCUCCUGAUCAUUGCAUGAUAUUGUGUUGUGCCAUUCCUUCAA